UGUGUGAGCUAAUAAUAUCAUCCAGUAACAGGCCGAGGAUGAACAAUAAGAGGGUGUCUUAAAAAAGAGAAGCAUUGUUCUAGAGCAUCACUUCUCUGCCCUUCUGAGCACCACAAGGUUGAAUCGCCAUUGUAAAGAUGCCCGAGCAAGAGAAAAAGUCCAAGAUCUCUGCAUCUCGCAAGCUGAUGCUUAAGAGUCUUAUGGUAGCUAAAGCAAAGGAUGAGUUAGAGCAGGAGCUGGCAGAUAAAGAGGCAGAGAAGGAUAGAUAUCUGGCUGAGAAAGCUCCUCCGUUACAGACGAGUGGCAUGUCUUUCGCUGAGCUUCAGGAGCUGUGUCAAGAACUACACGCUAAAAUUGACGUGGUGGACGAGGAGCGCUACGAUAUCGAGGCUAAAGUGCUUCACAACACAAGAGAAAUCAAGGACCUGAACAUCAAAGUCCUGGACCUGAGAGGCAAAUUCAAGCGUCCCACGCUGAGGAGGGUCCGGGUCUCCGCUGACGCCAUCCUGCGCUCUCUGCUGGGCUCCAAACACAAGGUGUCCAUGGACCUCAGAGCGAACCUCAAGUCUGUCAAGAAGGAAGACACAGAGAAGGAAAAGACGGUGGAGGUCAGCGACUGGAGGAAAAACGUGGAGGCCAUGUCUGGAAUGGAGGGAAGGAAGAAAAUGUUUGAUGCGGCGCAAUAAACAAGGCAACAUCUGCAAACAAGAGAUCUGGGUGGGCCGAAUUACGAAGAUUAAAAAUACAUUUCUCAUUUUUGUUAAUGUGCUUCAAAUACAUCUCAAAUAAACGACGGGAAUGGAUACGUAUUAAUAAAAUACCGAGCGAUUUGCCACCGUGUUCAAUAAAUAUGUCAAAUGUGAUGAAACAUGAAAAGUGUCAUCGGCAUUGUACUGUAAAUAAAUUGUGGAAUUUGCAGACAUCAUGA